AUGAUAUUCAACGUGAACAAUUUCGAAUAUGAAAUUUGGAUUCCCGUUUAUAUACUAAACGAUGCGAAUUAUAACUCAAAUUUCUACAGGUUCUUAUUACUUUUAGAGUUUAUUUUAUCAAUUUUCGCUGGAAUUUUCAUCAUUGUAACUGUUUUUAUCAUAUCGAAAACUAGAGCAUUUCACAACAAUUUGACGUCACUCAUUAUUUUUAUAUUGUUAAGUUGGAUACUAGGUACAGCAGGCCGAAUUUUGCAAAUUCCAUAUAUAAUUGGAACUCGGACGGUCGGAAAUGUUACUAGUGACAUACAAUUUUGGUGGACCGAUGAUGAAUUGGAAAUGCCAAAAAUUGACUCUAUUAGAGAAGCGUGGCCAUUAUUUUUGGGCGGCUUUCUGACAUGGCAUUAUAUGUUCGUUUUGAUCACUUGUUUUUAUAUACUGGGACUUGAAAGGACGUUUGCGAGUUGGUUUAUUCUAGACUACGAGCGAACCUCCCGUUGGCGGAUUUUCCGCGCUUUAUUGAUUUUCCAGCAUGGGAUAAUUUUUGUGAUGCACUGGUUUUGUUUUUUCAAUCAUAUCAACUUUUUCCUAGGGUUUAUUGUUUGUUUUUUGUUUAUUAUAUUGGCAGUUGUGAUAUUCAUAUCCAACUGGUGCUAUAAUAAAAACUUGCUCAAGAAAUUCGAACAACAUACCAAAGAAAGCAUAGAACUCUACACGUUGGCUGCAAGGUUUCAGGCAAAAGAGAAUGUCAGAGCUUUUGAGCUAACAAUUCGAAUCAUAAUUGUCGGCUUCUCCCUUCUGAUUAUAGGAAUUUGCUGUGUUAUAGCCAUAAACUACAAAUGGAUUCCGUCGUAUAGCACGUUAUUCGUCUUCUGUUUUCAAAAUUUGGUGCAUCUCAAUCCCCUGAUAGUCUGCCCAGUGUUAAUACUCUCAGUGAGCCCGUGGAGCAAGGCAAUCCCGUUCUUCCGGAAAGUUGAUUGCAUUGCUCUGAAGAGCCAACGUCCGGUUUCGUUAUCCGGGCAGAAUGUGGCACAGGAAACCGAUUUCUAUUUUAAUCAGUUGCAGAACACGUGGGAGUUGAAGAAUUGA